AUGAUGUUCCAGAGCAGAGUUGGCGAGGAUGUAUCAAGUUCUGAGCCAUUCCCAUUUGGAUACACAUCCAACUCCAACACAUCCAAUCUACCAUUCUCAGUCACAUUCCCAGUCAGUACCUACAAUCCCCAACUCAUACUCUAUUUCACCAGUCCAGCAGUUUGGUACAGUGACCUCAUAGACAACAUCAAUCCACCACCCAUCAAUGACACUGAUCCACCCAUAAUCUUGAACAUGACAAUAGUACCAAUAUCACAAUUUAAGUAUUUGAUCAUUGUGGAGAUCAUUGAUGACUUGAGUGGCUUCCAAUAUUUGGCGCUUGAGUAUCAUAACCCAACAAAACAUGUUGUAAUCACUUCAUCAGACUUGGUCCAUGGCAACAACAAACAUGGUAUAUACGAGAAGAUCGUCAACAAUCAUGAGAACAUAUUGACAGAGUUCAAAUGGUUCUUGAUCAAGGACAAUGCAGGCAACACCAGAGAUCUCCCAGGCUGGGAUGACUACCCUUUCUUCUUCAACAACCGUUUACAAAACGUCAACAUGUAUUCACCAACCAUUACCAUCACUGUCAACGACAUUACAAUGUUCUACUUCAACUACACUCAUAUGGAUGUUAGUCUAUCAACAUUGGAGAAUGAGUUGUAUUUUAAUACUACAAAGAAUGAUGUGAAUUGGAAGCCAGAGUUCACAUUCGGUCAUAUCGAGGAGAAUAGGUUAUACACGGCAUUCGGCUACUACGAUCAUGUUAGACAACAUUACAUAGUACCGUUCACAGUUCCAGCUCGUACCUUCACGACCACACUCCAAUACUACAUAGUCGCUCAGCCCAGACGCAUUGACUACAGUCAACUCGCGUUGGACUUCCCGUCCAAUACCACGGUCGAGGUAGUUUCAUCAUAUGGAGACGAGUUGCCACCCAUGAUCACAUUCAUAGAGACUUAUUCUGGAAAUGUUGUGGAUGUCGAUGUUGAUGAGACUGUGACUAUUGGAUGGAGAUUCAUGAUUGAGGAUAGACCUAAUGGAUUCGCCAGAGGUUCAUUCAAUGUUACAAGUGAUGUAGAUUAUCUUGUUAGACACUUUGAUAUAUCUUUCAUCAAUGCAACAUAUGGUACAAGAUACUUUGGCCAUUAUCAAAUAUUAUUCAACGUCACUGGAGCAUACCGUAAUCAAACAUUCUCAUUCAAAGAUAUUAUAUUGGAGGAUAUACUUGGUAACAAGCACAACUAUUCAUCAUUGGAGGACAAUAGAGAGUUCAACUUAGUAUCAUCUACACUCACACCACUAUCCAGAGUGAUGAACUCCACUGAACUCAGUAUCAAGAUACAGACCAAGAGUACUGAUGUUAAUGGCCCUGUGCUCCAGAAUCUGGAUAUCCGUACCAAGUCAGUUGAUGUUGGUUCCCAGGACCGAAGAGUACAUCUAGAGUUCAUUGUCUCAGAUGACAAGGGAUACUCAAUCAAUCAUCUCCCAACAGUAUACUUCACAUCCGAUGUAUUCCAGAUCACAUCAUUACCAACAUCAAUCAUCAAUCAAACUGGAAACACAAUCAGUUUCGCAUGUGAUGGUCAACUACCUUAUGGAUUUGGAGUUGGAAAUGGAAUGGUAUUGGUAUCCAUUUAUGGAUUGAUGGAUACAAGUCAGAAUCUUAAUGGAUACUCAUCAACUGAGUUGGCUGCACUUGGUUUGGAGUCAGAGAUCAAGAUAACACUCACACAGACCGUACCUUGGAUUGAGGAUACAUUGCGAUCACAUGGAUCAGUGACUGUGUUUGGCAAGAACUUUGGAUACAAUUCAACUACUGAGGCAGUCAUCACACUCAGCACUGGUGAGAUCAGAGUGUCACCUACAUUCCAAUCAGGUACAAUGUUGAUAUUCAACAGUCUGGAAAUCAAACCAACAAACAACUUCACAAUAGGUAUUGAUAAGACACCUGGUGGAUUGUCCAAUGUUGUGCCCAUCAUAUAUAUCCCGCCAGGUAAUGACAAACGAGAUGUCUUUGUACCAUGCCCAGGAGCAGGAACAUCCUCAACAUGCUCUGGAAAUGGAAUAUGCAUGCCAACCCUUGGUUGUCAAUGUGAUCCAGGAUGGUAUGGACCUGAUUGUGGAUCAAAUGUCAUUCCAAUUGUGCCACUGGUCGACCCAUCUCAGCCUUCGGCCACAUACACGAUCAAUGAUGGUGGACUCAACAUUAGUGCCAUGAUCAGUAUUGUAAAGUUGAUAGAGUAUGAUCAAUCUGGAUUGGUUUCAAUCAUGCAGUAUGAUUUGAAUAAUUGGACAUUGACCAACUCAGUUGGUAAUGUAUCCAAUGAGUAUGAGACUAUUGUGAAGAAUGGAGCAUCGAUCAAAGUGACCACGCAAUGGUACUUUAGCAACUCCACCAUGCCCACCACCGUCUACUUUGCAGGCGAUCCCAAUCAAGUCCAGCAAUACACUCUCAAGGUAUCGAUUAUGAUCACCGACUAUCCAUUCAGAUCACGUCUGAACAGUCUUCAACUUGUGAUGAAUGCAUCGAUUGAUGCUGUCUCAGAUGGUCAGUCAUGCUCACUCAAACAGUUGGUCAUGGAUCAGAGCAACUCGAGUGUGGCAUGGAUGAGGCUACGCAUCAACAAUGUCAAUCUCUAUGGACAGUUCAUUCAAAAGGUCAUCGUAGACUAUCGCAACGCCAUCGCUCGUACCGUGCCACUAGACUCCAACUCGCAGGCAACUGACGGACACUCAGCAUCAACAUUGAUUGGAAUCAAUAUGCCCUAUUUUGACAUGUUCGCAGCGAUUGAUCCCAACUUCCAAGUGUUGAUUGACUCUGAUGGUGACAAGAACAAUAAGAUGGACUAUGACAAGUGUACCAAUCAAUCAAGUUCAUCAGGAUUGUCCAAGAUGGCAUUGAUAGGUAUCAUCAUUGGUUGUAUUGUAGUGGCUGCUGCCAUUGCCACUGGAGUUGCCAUGAUGUUGCGCAAGAACUAUCAUGAGAAGAUGGACAACAAGAGAGUACAACAUCGUCUACGUGAGUUGCAGAAAUAA